UCAUUGAAUUCCAAUCAACAUAAUAUGUCAUGACCAUGACAAUUAUAAAUUUGUAUGCAGAAGAGUGAAAUUUAAACUCACAUGAUGAAGCUUACCACUCUUAAAUCUCUCUAUGUCAAUCUAUUUGUUGUUCUAUUUUAUUCAUUUGCUGUAACAGCCAUAUCACAAACAAAAUAUAGCAACCAUGACGUUCCUGCUGUUAUAGCUUUUGGUGAUUCAAUCUUGGAUACAGGCAACAACAAUCAUAUUGAAACAGUAAUGAGGGCAAACCGCAAACCAUAUGGGAGGGAUUUCUUAGACGGAAAACCCACAGGAAGGUUUUGCAAUGGCAGGAUCCCUUCAGACCUUUUAGUUGAAAUACUUGGAAUAAAGGAGGCCUUGCCACCCUAUCUUGAUCCAAAUCUGAAGAUUGAAGACCUCUUAACUGGGGUGUGUUUUGCCUCUGCCGGCACAGGAUUUGAUCCUUUGACAGUAAAAUUAGCAUCAGUAAUAUCAGCAGAGGACCAACUGAAAAUGUUCCAAGAGUACAUAGGAAAACUGCAAGAAGCUGUGGGGAAAGAAAAGACAGCUCUCAUUCUAGCAAAAAGCAUAAUUGUCAUCAGCAUGGGAAGCAAUGAUAUUGCAGGAACAUAUUUUGCGUCACCUUUCAGGAGAUUUGAGUAUAAUGUGGAAGAGUAUACAAGUUUGCUUAUCAAUUCAUCUUCAAACUUUGUACAGGAACUUUAUAAAUUUGGAGCAAGAAGGAUUGGAGUACUCGGCCUAUCACCAAUAGGAUGUGUGCCACUGCAAAGAACACUAGAGGGAGGCCCAGAAAGGGAUUGUGUAAAAUCAAUAAACGAGGCAGCCAUCAUCUACAACACCAAGCUUACUUCUUCACUUGAGGCUCUCAGCAUAAGUCUUCCAAAAGCUAGGCUUGUCUACCUAGAGAACUAUAAUGAAUUCAAUGAAAUUAUCCAACACUACAAUGAACUUGGAUUUGAAGUGGCAGAUAGUGCAUGCUGUGGCGGAACAGAGCUCGUAUGUGGUCCUUUGGCCUUAACAAUCUGUAAAGAUGAUGCUAAAUAUGUGUUCUGGGACAGUUAUCACCCCACGGACCGAACUUACAGUAUGGUUGUCUCAAAAAUCGCAAAAAGGGACCUUGCUAAGUUUUUUAAAUGAUACCUUUAUUUUUAAAUAUACAAAGAGUGUUAGCAACAAACUCUCUUAGCAGAUGAAGUAUAUUUAAGAGUGUCGAGAGUGAAUUCUUAGCAUUUCUCUUAAUAAUAUUGGACUAGUUAAGGGAUUAUGUUGUAAAAUGGGGUCCAACUAUGGUGACAUAUUCGGGCUAUGUCAUGCUUUAUACUGUAUUCAGAACACGCCUAAUAAAGCUACUUGCUAAUA